AGAGUGACAGUGCUGUGGGCGCUGCUCUUGACACGCUGGGACCAACUGCUGGGAGCUACCGCAACAGCAGCCUCCGUCUUCAACUGCAGGCUGCACGCUCCCCGGCCACCGCUGCGGCCCCUCUCCCGCCUGGUCCUAUCCCGCCAAGAGGCGCGCGCAAUGGACUCCCCACAGGCUGCGCCGCUGGCGCACAUUUUCAAAGGGACCUUCGUCCACUCCAGCUGCACCUCACCUAUGGUCGUCCUGCAAGGCCACCUGUUGGGUGUAGAGGACAGCGGGAAGAUCACAUUUUUUGAACCAGCUGAUGGACAAGACAAACUAGCAAAGAAGUGGGGAUUUAAAGCAUCUGACAUACAAGAGCUCAGUAAUAAUGAAUUCUUCAUGCCAGGUUUGGUUGAUGCACAUAUCCAUGCCCCACAGUAUUCCUUUACAGGGAUACAAGGAAGUCUGACUCUUUUGAAAUGGUUGGAAAAAUACACUUAUCCAGUAGAGACUGAAUUCAAAAAACUUGAUUUUGCUGAAGAAGUGUACACUAGAGUUGUGAGGCGAACACUCAAGAAUGGUACAACUACAGCUUGCUAUUUUGCCACAAUUCACACAGAUGCUGCCUUGCUUCUUGCUGAUAUUAUAGAUAAAUUUGGCCAGAGGGCAUUUGUGGGUAAAGUCUGCAUGGAUAUCAAUGAGAGCUUCCCAGAAUACAAGGAAACCACCACAGAAUCAGUUGAGGAAACUGAAAGAUUUGUUCAAGGAAUACUGGAAAAAAAAUAUCCAAGAAUACUUCCUGUAGUAACACCCCGUUUUGGACUAUCUUGUACAGAGGAGUUACUUAGUAGCCUUGGUAACCUGGCAAAGGCUCAUGAUAUUCAUAUACAGAGCCACAUAAGUGAGUCUAAAGGGGAGCUCAGACUUAUAGAAAGCAGGUUUCCUCAUUAUCAACAUUAUACAGAGUUAUAUGAUAAAAAUAAGCUUCUUACAAACAAGACUAUAAUGGCUCAUGGCUGCUAUCUUUCUGAUGAAGAGCUGGAACUUUUUAAGCUUAGAGGAGCUGGCAUUGUACAUUGUCCUAAUUCAAACAUAUCAUUAAAGAGUGGGCUUUUAAACACAAGGAAGAUUUUGAACCACAAUGUGAAACUUGGAUUAGGCACAGAUGUUGCUGGUGGCUAUUCAGCUUCCAUGCUUGAUGCUAUCAGAAAUACGAUGGUGAUAUCUGAAAUCCUUCACAUUAAUAAAGAGAGUGAAACAGAUGAAAAAUGCUUAACUCUGAAGGAAGCAUUCCGACUAGCAACUCUUGCAGGAAGUCAAGCUUUAGGACUAGAUCAUAUAAUUGGAAAUUUUGAGGUUGGCAAGGAAUUUGAUGCACUGCUUAUCAAUGCCAAAGCUUCAGACAGUCCUUUCGAUUUGUUUGCUUCUGACCAUGUUGAGGAUAUUAUUGAGAAAUUCCUGUAUCUUGGUGAUGACAGGAAUAUUGAGGAAGUAUAUGUGGCUGGCAAACUGGUGGUUCCCUUUUCAAGCUCUGUGUAAAUUGGAUUCCCAUUCUGAAAAACGCUCCACUAGUUAUCAUUUAGCUUGGAAGAACUGGGUAGAAAUGCAGUGCCUUGUUAUGCUGAUUUUAUUUAGUAUGUUUCUGAUUUGCACAAGGAAGAGUGUAAAUUUGUCAGUCACAAAACAAAAAAUAUGCCAAAAAUCGAUCUCAUUUGAACAAGGCGGGAAGCAGCCCCAAUUUUUAAAAUAAAAAGUGAUUUAUUUGGAAUAAAUCUUUCCACCUACAUCUUAAUAAGAAUAUCCAGAGACAGUUGUAGAAUCCAUUUCCUCCCUUAAGAUAUAAGAACCCAGAUCCUAAAAAUGUAUCUGACACGAAUUUAGGGAUCCCAUUUGUGGACAUAUUAGGAUUACAAGCACUGACUGAGAAAGAAAGCACAUCUGGUUUGGAUGGUGCCCAUUUCUUACAGCCAUUUACAACUUUCCUCCUUGAAUAGAUACCGCAUGUUCUUGACAGGGCAUCCCGGUCAGGGAUGGGAGAAGCUGUUUUCUUUUCUCUCUUUUGUGAAGAGAGUGAAAUGUCUCCUGAAACUUUCACUUUUAUCUGUGUGCAUUUGUCCAUCCAAAGUGCAGACUGCUUAAUUGUAGAUAUGGCAUAGUGCAUAAGGAUAUAAAAAAAAUAAGAGGCAGAUUCCGUGUCCGCAGUUUCUGUCAUUAGAAAAGUUUAUGGCUUUAGAAAAACAGUUUAUGGCUUUAGAAAAACAGUUUAUGGCUUUAGAAAAACACUGGCUUUGUUCACACAUAAUGCAAAGCUGUAAUGAGGUUAAUUUAAUAUUGGGUUAAUAUGAAGAACACCCGCCCCCUCCAGUAUUAUGGAUGCAUUUUAAGUGAGGAGCAGGCCACUAUCACUUGUUCAAUAAACCAUGGUAAGAACAAAUUCUGGUGUAGCGUUAAACAGAGAUAUAUCCACUGUUUCUUAUCAACCUCCCCCCCCCCCCACUUUUUUAUGCUACGGGGAUAAGGCUAUAGCCUUGGUAUUUUACAGAUGUGUCCCGAUCGGGUCCAAUCCAUUUCAAAGCAUUUGUUCAAAUCAUAAAUUCACUCUUACCCGCCAGUUCAAAGCAAUUUGGACAAUCAAAUCAAUAUGGCGAAAGGGGCUUUUGCUUUAGAAUCUGAUCUCUGAAUUUAAUAUUUGCAUAACUACACUAUUUUAUUCUGAUAAAGUAUAUAAAGUACUUAGGAUAAGCACUCAGUAAAUAAUGUUAAAACUGUUGAUUUUCUAUCUUGCAACCUGGAGAUGGCAGGUAUAAAUAUGAUAGGCUUGCACAAAACACCUUCGGAGGAAUGUGUGCCUUUUAGGAUCAUUACUGGUUUUCUAAUUUUGGGAGGAUAAUUUUAGGAGAAUGACUAUUAUGCAGCAGUUGCCUCUGAGAGAUUCUCAGUACGAAAUAAACUUCUGUUAAUAAAUGUAUAGAUAAAAUAGAAAACUUUUUUUAAAGGAUUUGUCUCUAAACAUGUUGGAAUGCCCGUUGAAAAUUGUCAGCCAUCUCUCAGAACACGAGAUGCCUUCUUCACCAGCCUCUUUGUUCUCUAUGAGCAUGAAGUUCAGUCGAAAAGGGUGGGGUGGCGGGAGCCUAACCUUGGAGAUUUACUUGGGAGAAGAGAGAAGCCUAAAUGUGUGUUUUGUGAAAAGAAGCAUUUUGAAUUACAAAUUGAAAUGACCUGAAUUUCUGUAUUACUGUACUAUUUGUUAACCUUCCAUUUGAAGAUAUUAAUGAGAAUGAAUAUAACUUGUGCUUUGUGCAGUUAUUUGAAUGAUUCUGGUGUGGCAGGUAGAGUUCUGCAGUAUACAAUGUUGACUUAGCUUUAAUGUGCAUGCUUUACAAUAUUUGCAAACAGAAGGCUAGGGGAACUCAGGAGAGGAACUGCACUUUAUUCACUUACUUUAUUUUCCUUUUUCAAAUGUAGUAAGCCUGUACAUUUUUGUACAAUAAAGGAGGAAAAAAGUG